AAAGAAGUGCUCAGAAUCAUAUCAAGUUGGCUAAUAACAGAAUAAAAAAAACUACACAAUCAGUUGAAAACUGUCUAAGUGCUGUUGAUUAUUGAAUUUAACUGAAUCUUGUGUUCAUUGAUAUUUGAAAUCAAAUGAUUUCAAUACAAAUCAAAAUGACAAUUGAAAUGGAAAUGUUUAUAGAUUUGUUAAUCUUUUCCGCUUUGCUUACGACGUGUUUAGCCGUAGCUUUACCAAAAUCGAUGCUCAUACGCUUAUGUGAAACUGCACGAUCAGCUCGUGGUUUGGGUUCAACUAAAAGUGAAGUUAUCCAGGCAAAGAUGAAGGAUGUGCAAAGUUACAAUGGUCAGUUUGGAUUGUCCUCUCAUCACAAAGAAAGAAACGAACAAAUGUUUGAUAUCAAUCCAACUAACUGUGGAGUGAACCAGAUCCUAAGUGUUUUAAAUUAUGAUGGUGAAUAUAUGGGUGACUGGCCGAUGGAUUUGCUUGAUGUUGCCUCUGAAUUAGUAGCCUCCAGACGGUCUGCAGGUCGUUCAUUAGGACUAACUUUUGAAAGUGAACUAUUCAAUCCCAACUUAACAAUGUACCACCUGAGACAAGAUGAAAAGGCCGCGCAAUUGAUUGAAAACUAUACGGCAAAGUUGGCUAACAAAUUUUCACCUAAUAGGUCCCGAAUUUAUUGAUAUUUCAAAUGAAAUGUAUUUAUUACAAAUAAAAAAAUGUGAUUCCAUA